CCUCAAUGUUCCGGUUACCGAUAUACACAUAAAUCGGACAGGGCAUUCGUACACCCACAACAUGCCACUUACCAAACUAUCAUUGCCUGAGGAGUUGGAUGAGCAUGGGAAAUCUGAAAUCGAUCUUGGAACACCCAUCUUCUCUAUAUCCGCUAACCCAGAACUCUCUAUUUCAACCAGGGCUCUCUCCAACCGC